AUGGCUGCCUCUCGUCGAAGAAAGAUUGUGUCUAGGCGACGGGCUGAUGAUGAGGGUGAUGACGAUUACGACAUCGAUGACGAUUCGCUGACCGAGGGCUCGGUAGUCUCGGAUGAUCACGACCUUGCCAACGAUAGCGAUACAAGCAAUGUUGAUGAGGCGUCACCCACUUCUCCUGCUGUGCGGAAGUCCCAAGCUCGCGCGGCAAACGGUCAUGCGGGAACGAAGAGCUCCAAAGGCUCUGGCAGCUCUGCAACACGAUCCGGAUCCAAGACAAGUCAGCCAGGCCAAACAGCCAUUUCAGACGCGGAAAGCAUGAUGAACGGGCUGUCCGUCUCGGACAAGACAGAGCAUGCCCAGGAGACGAUUUCUGGUGAUGUUGAAGGGACACAGCCUCCCAAGUCCACCGCCCCACUGGUUGUCAGCUCAAGUUCGGCCGCCAUGGACCAGUCACAGGAUCACACCCAAGACCGGCGGCGGAGAGAGCACGACGACUACAGAAAGAAACGAGACGAGGACCCGGCGUUUGUGCCGAACCGAGGGGCUUUCUUCAUGCACGACCAUCGACAUGCCGGUCCUGCUGCCAAUGGCUUCCGACCCUUUGGCAGAGGUGCUCGAGGCAGAGGUCGUGGCAUUGGGGGCCCCUUUGCUCCAACCAGCGGUCACCAACCCUACCCACCGGCCGAUCCUAUCAUCAGCACGCCGUGGGCCCAUGACAUGCAUGAAGCCGUUGCAGAGCCUACUCGUUCAGCCCGCCAGUCCGCACAAGGCGGCCCGGUCAUUACAGACAAUGGCCCACCUAAUGGGGAUGGCUACAUUCCAACGUGUGACAUGAGUGCGACCCCUAUCAACAGGACCUUGUCCACAGAGAAGCACAUUGGCAAUGUACAAAUUCGGGUCUAUUUUCCAUCUUUGAAUAAGCCUAUAUUAUUCUCAGCAAUCCCGGUCAAGCAGUAUACCAAGCUGCCAGAUCAUCGCCCACCCCUGCGCCGCGACAAACCUGUCCGCAUUUCGCUCCCCGACUAUCCUCCUCGGUAUAUCUUCCCAGCUACAGACCGUUCGUUCAUCUUCAUUCCGAGGGCACUGCGACCAAACAACCAACAGCGCAUGCGUGGCAAACCCAGAUCGGGAUUCGGAUCGAUGGGCGGAUUUUCGAGAAGGACUAGUGUCUAUGGCGGAAGCUACUACAACGGCAGUCAAUACUCUCCAAGUGUGGCACUUAGCAGGCGCUCAUCCAUUGCACCUGAGAUGGGCAGGGACUAUAUUGUCUCUCCCACUGGCUCGGCCAUCUCGCGUCCGCCCAUGGCAAUGGAUGCUUCACGACCUGUCGUAAGGCUACCUCCACGAGCAGAGCCGCAGGGGCUUGAUGCUAGCAUCCAUGCUCCAGCGCCAGCAGUCGGUCAGACCGCCAUAUACGAAGAUUUCCAGGUCCAUGGUAAACCAAUUCACCAGGAAAGUCAGCCGGCGUCAAUUCCUAUGCAUCAACCGCGACCUCAGAAAACCGUCUCACUUGAGAAUAUCGAAUCACCGACGAUGCUGCAAAACACGCAAUCCUUCCAGCAGGCUUUCCACCAUCAGGUCCCUGUUCAAGUUUCCAACGGCUUCAACGCUGAUCCUCACCCCCGCCAUGGCUCGUUUGCUAGACACACCACGGGCACUCCACUGUCUCAAAUACCGGAACGAGCAAUCCACGCUGCUCCAUUUCAACCUACACACUUCUCGCAGCAGCAAGCAUACUACCCGCCUUAUCAGAUGGUGCAGCCUCAACAGGGAUACUACUACCCCCCGCCAAACCCCUAUCCCGCAGCUGCCCCUGCCUACGUUCCUGGGCCUCAGCCGCCACAAGGCCCUGUUGAUCCCGCACAAGCGAAUGGGCAAGCUGGUAGCGCUCCAAACCUGGUGGCACAAGAAGUCAACGGCAUGGUGUAUUAUUAUGAUGCAUCGCAACUUCCCCAGGUGCCAAGUUAUCCCCCGUACACGGCCGCCCAGGGCUAUCCCGCGGCCAAUGGGGUCAUGAACGUCAAUGGAAUGGCAGCGUCCAGCCAAGACGGCUACUACUAUCCUCAGCCCGGCACCGUCUACUUUCCUCAAUAG